AAAUCGUUGUCGGUUACGGUCCGUAUUAAGUAUUUUCAACGGCUUUUUAGCGUUCUUUUUCUUCAGCGACGCUAAAAGCCGCCAAAAAAAUUCAUAAAAAGUAAAAAAAGGUUCAAAAAAAAUUUAAAAGCGGAGAAAAUCUUGAAAAAAAUUCGAAAAUCUUGAAAAAAUUUCCAAACAACCCUGUUACAAGCAACAGUCAUCGCAACUCAAGUAAGUGAACCCAAAGAAGUUUGAGGAAGAUGAAUCCCAGCACUACUGGCAAUCCGAACUAUCCCGUGGCGUCUCUGUACGUCGGUGAUUUGGCAGCUGAUGUCACUGAAGCUAUGCUGUUCGAGAAAUUCAGCACAGUCGGUCCUGUUUUAUCCAUCCGAGUUUGCCGUGAUAUCGUUACCCGUCGUUCGCUUGGUUAUGCUUACGUGAAUUUUCAACAACCGGCUGCUGCGGAGAGAGCCUUAGAUACCAUGAAUUUCGAUCCGAUCAAGGGACGACCUUGUCGAAUCAUGUGGUCUCAGCGCGAUCCUUCUCUUCGCAAAUCUGGUGUCGGAAACAUUUUCAUCAAGAAUCUUGACAAGAGUAUCGAUAACAAGGCUCUUUAUGACACCUUCAGUGCUUUCGGAAACAUCCUCUCUUGUAAGAUUGCUAACGGAGAAGACGGAAACUCAAAGGGUUAUGGCUUUGUACAUUUUGACGACGAGGAUGCUGCCGAGAAUGCAAUUGCUAAAGUUAAUGGCAUGUUGCUUAAUGACAAGAAAGUUUUUGCCACGAAAUGGAUGUCCCGAAGAGAGCGUCUAGAAAAACUAGGAAACCAACCAAAGAAGUUCACCAAUGUAUACAUCAAGAAUUUUGGUGAAGACAUGACUGAUGAGGGGUUCAAAGAGCUCGUUGAUGAAUUUGGAAAAAUUCUGAGUCUCAAGGUGGUUAUUAAUGAUCAGGGACGUUCCAAGGGAUUUGGUUUUGUCUCCUUUGAAACACCAGAAGAAGCUCAAGCAUGUGUUGAUAAACUCAAUGGAAAAGACUGGAAUGGACAAAAGCUUUAUGCAGCUAGAGCGCAGAAAAGAGCUGAAAGACAGAUGGAUUUGAAGUCUCAGUUUGAGAAGAGGAAGAUCGAGCGUAUCAAUCGUUAUCAAGGCGUCAACUUGUAUGUGAAGAACUUGGAUGAUACCAUUGAUGAUGUGCGCCUUCGUGAGGAAUUUACUCCGUAUGGAACCAUCACCAGUGCUAAAGUAAUGAUGGAUGAGAAGAACAAUUCCAGGGGGUUUGGUUUUGUGUGUUUCUCUGCUCCUGAAGAAGCCACCAAAGCUGUAACUGAGAUGAAUGGAAGGAUUCUGGUAUCCAAGCCUUUGUAUGUAGCCCUGGCCCAGCGCAAGGAGGAGAGGAAGGCUCAGCUUGCAGCACAGCACAUGCAACGUAUUGCUGGUUUGAGAAUGCAACAGGCGGCUGGUCAGCAGGUCGGACAGGUUUUUCCUCAAGCAGGAGCAUUUUACAUGCAGCCUUUGACUCAGGCUGGGCAGCGCCCCUUCUUUCCACCACAAAUGCAACAAGUACGCCCUCGAUGGCAGCCAAUGCAGCCACAGCAGCAAGUGCGACAGCCUGGGAUGCAAGGAAUGCCAGGAGCAGGACAGGUUCCACGUGCCAGAGGCAUCCGUCAGGUUCCACCCAGAGGAGUGCCUGGCCAGCAGCAGACUGCAGGGGCUGGAGGGCCCAACCAGCGUGUGGGAGGAGGCAUGGGCCAAGCACAGCAGGUACGUGGUCCUGGCAUGCAGGGUCAGGGCCAGAGACCUACCUACAAGUUCCAGCAGAAUGUUCGUAACCAGCCAGCACAGGGACACCCAGCAGGAGUGGCCAUGCAACCACAUGAUCAGGUUCAACAGCCCAUCGCUAUCCCAGGACAAAACUCCAUUGAUCCGAGCCAGCUUGCUGCAGCCUCCGCUCAGGACCAGAAACAGAUGUUAGGAGAGCAUUUGUUCCCACUGAUCCAGCUCACCCACCCUGAACAAGCUGGAAAAAUCACUGGCAUGUUGCUGGAGAUUGAUAAUGCUGAGUUGCUGCAUAUGUUAGAUUCACGGGAAGCACUGUCCGCCAAGAUUCAAGAGGCAGUGUCCGUGUUGCGUGCCCAUAAUGCCAAGGAAAAGUCCACCGAGAUGAAGAACUGAAGCUUUGUGUCUGUCCCUCAAGGUUCACUUUUAACCGGAUAAGACUUAAAAAUUUGAAGAAACCAUUACCUGAUUUUGUUUUCUUUACCAUGGAUUUGACGAGUUACUUGAAUGAUCAAUAAAGUUGUUUCAUCAAUUUAAAAAGUA